UCAGCCCGCCCCUUGGCUUCUGCGCGCUGAUGGUUUGUGGAUGAGUAAUGCAUCCAGGAAGCCUGGAGGCCUGUGGUUUCCGCACCGCUGCCGCCCCCGCCCUCCCUGGACAUUUAUCCUCUAGCGCACAGGCCCUGCCGCCAUCGCCACAGAUCCAGUGCCUAGAGAGACUCCAGAGACCCCACCAUGGCCCCCAGCGUGCCCCUGGCCUCCUGCCUCCUGUUGCUGCUGUGGCUGACAGCCCCAAGCAGGGCCUGUACAUGCGCCCCACCACACCCUCAGACUGCCUUCUGCGGCUCCGACUUUGUCAUCAGGGCCAAGUUUGUGGGGACGGCAGAAGUCAACUAUACCACCUUGUACCAGCGUUACGAGAUCAAGACGACCAAGAUGUACAAAGGGUUCCACGCCUUGGGAGAUGCCGCUGACAUCCGGUUCGUCUACACCCCCGCCAUGGAGAGCGUCUGCGGAUACUUCCACAAGUCCCAUAACCGCAGCGAGGAGUUUCUCAUCGCUGGAAAACUGCGGGACGGGCUCCUGCACAUCAGCACCUGCAGUUUCGUGGCUCCCUGGCACAGUCUGAGCCACGCUCAACGCCGGGGCUUCACCAAGACCUACGCUGCCGGCUGUGAAGAUUGCACAGUGUUUCCUUGUUCAUCCAUUCCCUGCAAACUAGAGAGUGACACUCAUUGCUUGUGGACAGACCAGCUCCUCCAAGGCUCUGAGAAGGGCUUCCAGAGCCGCCACCUUGCCUGCCUGCCACGGGAGCCAGGGCUGUGUACCUGGCAGUCCCUGAGGCCUCGGUUGGCUUGAAUCCUGACUCCAGUGGAUGCUGAAGCCUGCACGGUGUCUUUCCUCUUCCCUCUCCCAAUGAAAUAAACAACUGCCAUCAGCAGA